UCUAAUCGCUGUGUUGUGGUCGUGAGGCUUUCUCCUCCCUCUCUUCUCCUCUCUGGGCUGUAUAUAAGUGUGGAUGGCUGCCGUGUGUUUCAGACUGGCAGAGGGUAUGAAUGUAAACCUUUCGGACGUACGGCGUAGAGGGCCACUAUGAUGCCUGUGGUGAUCCCAAAGAAGAGACCCCCCGCUUCUUCCAUACUGCUAAUAACUGGUCUGUGUGCAGCAUCUACAGGAUGAUUGACAGCUGCUCCUUCUGAACCCCAGGAUGCCUGUAGUGCCAGCGGGCGGGACAUCCUCCUCCCACCACGUCGUACCUGUUGCCCUUAUCUGCUCCUGGCUGUUCCUUCUCUUCCAUGAAGCUUUUGGUCAGAAACCUGCCAAGCUGCCCUUGAUUGGCCGGAAGCCCUUCAUAGCUGCCUGGAAUGCCCCACUGGACAUGUGCAUCAUCAAGUACAACAUCACCACCAAUGUUGACCGCCUCUUCCACAUCCAUGGGAGCCCGCGUGCUGAUUGGACAGGCCAGAACGUUACCAUAUUCUAUGCCAACCGGUUAGGCUACUACCCCCACUACACAGCACAGGGCAUAGCUGUGCAUGGUGGCCUGCCGCAAAACUGCAGCCUGGACUUGCAUCUGUUCAAGGCCUACCAGGACAUCAAUCACUUCAUCCCUGCAGAGGACUUCCGUGGCCUGGCCGUCAUUGAUUGGGAGUUUUGGCGGCCUCAGUGGAGCCGUAACUGGCACAAGAAAGACAUCUACCGGCAGAAGUCAAGGGAGCUGACUGCCAAGGCAUACGUUAACGUGACGGAGGCCCAGGUGGAGGAGCUGGCACGGCGUCGGUUUGAAAAAAGUGCCAAGGCAUUCAUGCAGAGGACUAUCCAGCUAGGGAUACGUCUACGCCCCAAUACCCUCUGGGGUUUCUACCUCUACCCUGACUGCCACAACUACAACCUUCAUGAGCAGAACUACACAGGCUUCUGCCCCCUGCUGGAGAGGAUGAGGAACGAUGAGCUGCUAUGGCUGUGGAACAGCAGCACAGCGCUGUUCCCCUCUGUGGCGAUCAGGAAAACUCACACCAAUAGCAUCAGCAACCUGCACUUCUCUCAGCACAGAAUCCGAGAGUCGCUCCGUGUUGCCUCACUCACCUCCAAAGAGUAUGACCUCCCCACCUAUGUGUACAUGAGACUGGGCUACCGAGAUGAGGCCCUGACUUUCCUCACAGCAAAAGACUUGAUCCACACCAUCGGCGAGAGUGCUGCUCUGGGAGCUGCAGGAUUCGUCAUCUGGGGAGACCUGAACCUGACCUCAUCCAGGGACAACUGUACCAAGGUGAAAUCCUUCCUGAAACACCGCCUGGGUCAGUACAUCACCAAUGUGACGCGAGCUGCCGAGGUCUGUAGCGACUUUCUGUGUCAGGGCAAUGGCCGCUGUGUCCGCCGGGACCCCCUUGCCCGCCAUUACCUCCACCUGAGCAGCAACAGUUACAGCAUAAAGCGCUCCCCUGAUGGAGACUUUGCCGUCACUGGGUGGCACUCCCAGCACGAGCUGCAGCUUUUGACUGAGAGGUUUCGCUGUCACUGUUACGAAGGCCAUGUGGGUGAGAGCUGUGACAGCAUCAACAAAGUGAGGGAGGACGACGGGCCAUGGAGGGAGAAGGAGGAGGAGGACGAGCAGGAGAGACGGAGGACGGAGUGGGAAGACGAGCAGGGUGAACGGUGGGAAGGAGGGGAGAGUGUGGCCCCGAUGAACAGUUACAGCAUUAACCUCAUGUUGUUGAUGCUCCUGUUGAACUUAUCAUUCAUAAAAACGGUUGUAUGAUGCAUGAUGACAGAAGCAGGUGUUAUUUUUCAAUGUAGCUGAGUACAGAUGUUACUUUUCAACACACAGACAGUAUGAUGUUUUUGAUAAGGUGGAGACAAACUGGUCUUUGGUUGGAAUUGAACCCAAGACAUUAUGGUUUCGCCCUCGUUUAAAGGUUUCUCUAAUGUUGCUAUUAUCAGUGAAGGAACCGUUCUUAUUUUGGCUCUGAAUCACUGCCCACAUUUCAGAUCAAUGAUUCAAAUAGGUCUGGUGUUGUUGUCAACAUGAACACAUUUCUACUUGACAGUUAACAGUUAACUGCUCCAACAACUUCUACUUUAGCUUCAAUAAAGGCAGCUAACAUGAGCACAAAUGUCAGAAUGAACAAUAAAGCGAUCAAGUGAUCAUCGUAUAGUCUUUAAAAGUGAUUCUUCAAACUGCUCAUUGACGACUGUGCUCACACUGAAAGUGAAGCGAAUUUUUGUCUCGCUUUGCUUGCAGGGUCAUUUGUGUUUACUUGCAUUAAGCAUUAACCCUUAAUCUGGUUUACUACAACCGUGUGUGAUUUCAUUGACAGAUAAACAGAUGAAAAGGAUACAGAUAUAACUACAUGAUGAUAGUGAUUUGUAAAAAGUUCAAAUUUCUAUUCGGCAGGACAUUUCAUACAAAACCACAAAUGUCAACUUCAUUGGCACGCUACAAGAAAUUUGAGGGGAUCAACAGUAUGGUUCAUCUUCUGGGAACCACGAAUGUCUGUAGAAAAUGUAAUGGACAUCCAUUAGAGGAACAUACAGUGAGCUGAUCAACACACUGAUCAUACAUAUGAACAGACGUGAAGUCACUGCUAAAGAGAGAGAAACAUUUUCAUUUUCAAUAUCGAAUGAAAACAAAGCAUCUCAGAGACAGCUGCUGUGUUGAAAAGUAACACAUUUGUAAAAACACUUCUUUUAAAAAAGGAGUGUGAUGGCACUUUAUAUGCCACAGAGGCUUGACUUGUUGACAGAUGAAGGUUUGGUUAAUACAGUUCAACCAGGUACCACUAUAUUUGACUUCUGCAACAAUCUGCGCUGUCAACAACUACAUCAUGAGUCAUCUUUAGGAUAGACUGAGUCAUCUUUAGUUCACCAGUCACUGCCGAGUGGAGGAUUGGAUUAGAGGUUCUUACAGUUCAGUAGGAAGGAAAAGAGGAAAAUGAAAGUGGGCGGUCCACUAGUUUGUGGGAAAACACAGCCAGACCAUUCAAUGGAAACCAAAGGGUGCUAGUAUUACUACACAGCCAUAUGUAGGAAAAUAAUCACUAAUAUCUGACACAUGGUCAGUGUUUUUUUUUUGCUGUUAGUUUCUUUCUAAUGGCAUGAAGCUUGUUUGUUUCUCAACAAUAAGCUGUUAUUUUACUUGACAUUAUACAUGAAGUGUUUUUUGUACUGUUACACUUACAUUAUACUCUUAAAGUACAGCUUGCCAGGAAACGCCUCAUAUUUGAGCCUGUUGGGACGUGACAUGCACAUGUUGUAAGUUCUGUUUUUAUUAUGUAUCUGUAUCUUUUCUCGAUGAAUUUAAGUAUAGAGGAUCAGGUUUGUUUUUUCAGUGAUUAUGUAGACGAUGUCACUAUUUCAGUUCACACUUCCAAUAAAAUGGGUUUAGUUUUUGAUGAAGUUACUUUAGGUAUGAUGAAACACUGAACAGGAUGUAAAAGAUGGCACAUACUCUACCUUGAAUGCAUGACUUAGCGCUUAACACUACAAAGUUAAACCAAAGCCGAAAUGUAGAUUUGUCUGGAAGCAGAAAGCUGACUUAAGACUGAACGCAGGUUAAAGAUCUUUGAACCUGAUCAUUUGUACCUCAUGUGAAAAGAACCUGAUGUAAACCCAAGCCCGGUUUUACCAGUUUGUUGAUGCCUCCAAUUAGUUCAAAAUUCUUGGCCUGUCUCUUUUUCUGUCUUUGAUCUAUUUCACUCUUAAUCCUGCAGAGCAAGUAGAACAGCUCCAACCUACGUUAGAAGACGAAGUUUGCUCAAUUGUCAUAAAUCUAUACAUUUAAUUCUAUACAUUUAAUCUAUAACAUUUAUUUAUCUGCUCAAUUUUAUGACUUACUUGAUGCUGCUGACCACAUCAGAAUGUAAACUGUAACAAAAUUCCUUUCCUAACCUGGUAUCCCUGUCCACUACCUUUUAGUGACAAAAGUUUAACCAUAGAAGCAUCAGAGCAGAAAAGCUAUAUGAACCAUUUGUAAUCAUUUUGUAGGUGAUGACUAACAAUUUUGUCCUGUCCAUAGGGACAUAAGAUAAUUUCAGUCAUUUUUGAAGGCAAAGACAAAUGACAUCUUUUAGUUUGGAGGAUUUGUUGACUUCAGGAUAAGCAUGAAGUACAAAUGUCUUCCACAUCUCUCUUUACAAAGACUUUGUGAACUCUGAACAUUCACUUUGAACAUGUUUCUCACUUCAGACAAAGGGCUCUAUUACUUUUA